AUCAGUGACAAUUUACGUUACUAUUCCUGAUUUAUAACCACAGUAUAGGGAGUGCAGGGCAUGUGGACCUUGAUUCAAAAUGGCGGACAUCCAGGGAAAGAUUUUCUUCGUAUACACCCACGAGGGUAAUGAAGAUUCGCCGCCAUCUUGCACAGAAAAGUAUGACGAGGAGAAAGGUUUGGAUGAAAAUUUCAGCGAAGUAUUUGGAGUUCUGACUGGUGAUGGGUACCACUGGUGCCAUGACAACCUCGGCGAUGGCGCGGCUGCAGACGACUAUGAGAAUUUGCAAUGUCGUCUGGAGGUUUGGGACGUGCAGACGCGAAACACGAGACUGGAAGAGUUGGACCUCUCGGCAGACGACAUCCUCAGCAGCGACAUCUAUGAAGUGCGAUCAAAGCCUCUCGUCUUGCACGAUGGCGUCACAAUAAACGUCCCAGUAAAUAUACCCAAGAGCUACGUCCCUCCUGGAGAAAUGUACGACUUCUACCUGAAGGUCAUUGAAAACGGGGAAUGGGUUUUCGUUCCUGCUGUUUACAAGCACGGGUGUGCGCGUGCGCAUCUUGACAGCCUACAGUUGCUGACAGUGGUGGCCAGGCUUAAACCAGAGCGGACAAUAAUCACACCAGAGGGCGUGGAAUUUGUGUCAGACAAAGACCCGGAUGUUAAAAUUGAAUUCCCCAAAGGAGCCGUGGAAGAGGAUGCGGAGUUCCGGUUUGUGACGGAAACGGUUGACCCAACAAGGUCAUCCGAAUACCGGAACUACAACCCAAACACAUUUCAAAGCAUUAUGGGAUUCUCAACAACCGUCAACAUCGAACACAACCUUAAAGGAGAGCUGCAGACAGGGGCUAAGGUGACACUACCCAUUCACGAAUGUAACGACGACGACGGCGGCGGUGAUGGAGACGUGGUCUUCCUCCGGUGGCAUGAUGGUAAAGUGGACAUCGUAGACGACGUUCCUACCAAGGAAGAAGGAUGCUACAGCAUCAAUGUGAAAGGGUUCUCUGCAUACAGUGCUGUGCGAGUGAGAUCAGCGUCGGUGUCAAGGUCGGAAAUUCUGACGGCGGCCCGGUUCUUGUCGGGGAGGGAAAACCUGUGCACCCUUCUCUGCUUCAUCAACAACAAAGGCCUCGCCGGCUUGCCAGUGCUGCUGGUCGACGUAGUUGAGUCGUGUCGAGCUGAUGUCGUGGCGGAGGAACACAAACGUGCCGGGCUUGAGGAGAUCAGCAUGAGUCGGUCACGUGACAUCCCUGUAGCCGACAGGGAGAGGAUCCGGAUCGAACUGAGUGGAGAUAUUACAUACGCGCCCGGUAUCCCAAGACAAGCGUACGCACUGGUGUUCGUUAAAGCUGCCAAGAAAAACCACGUUACCUUUCCAAUGAAAGUCAAAGUGUCAUCAACACCUUUCAGCAUCAUUACGUUUAUUGGUAACAGAUCACAGUGGACGCACAGGGUACACUUCAACGUUAAUCGUGGAACAAAGAGUUCCAAGAAUCUGCUCAGUCAGCCUCGGCAAAGGUCAGGGUCAGCCCUGUCUCGCUCUGGCUCAGCACUGCCUCGUUCUGGCUCAAGCCAGUCUCGUUCAGGCUCUGCAACGGGGUCGGUUCAGUCCGAAGGCAAGAGACGACCGGCCAAUACAAUGGUAGGUAGGCCGGAUGUUCCGGACAGACGUCAGCGGUUGGUCAGCUGUAGCAGUGUAUCAUCCGCUGAAACGGCUUCGAUGAUGUCAUCUCUAGCUUCACUGUCGUCAAUUUCCGAAGAUGGAGUGUUCGAAGAGAAAAGGCACCCAGCUCUGUGCGAGAAGAGCCUUCUGGUUCUAAGUGAGCAGCUGCCUUGGUCUGAGUGGCAGAAGACGGCCAUUGAACUCGGGAUGACCUUGACCCAAGUGGAGAGAAUCUCAGAAGAGGCCAGUGGACGUCACAUCAGCCCUGCCUUCAGAAUGUUUCACAAGUGGAUAGCUACCAACAGCGGCAAAUCCGACUGUGACCUCAUCAAUGACCUCGCUUGUGCCUUUCGCGAGUUCUCCCGAAACGAUCUGGCGGAUGUUUUAAUUGCGGCUGAAAAAGAUCGACUACCGCUUAGGAGAAGGGACUUCCAUAACUGAGAUCCUGCAUCCACCAUAUCAGAAGCCACAAGAUUUACCAAGACACCUUAUACAAUGGCGGAUACAUACUACCUCCAUUCGUGACCAACUCGUGUUAUUCCGGGACAAGCCGAAGAGCGACUCGUGCCCCUCUCAUGGCCAUUUUUGCGACCGGGUUCCGUCUUAGCGCAAACGGGCAUACCUAAAACAAUU